AUGGGUCGAGUUCAUUCAUCCACUAUAUUGGCAGAGACAAUCUCAUGGUACUGCUCAUUGUUGUUAGCCUUGAUGUUGGUUUUAAGUUGUUGUGAGUCAUUAGCAACAGAAGACGAAGAAACGGCAAUUAGAAUUUCUGUCAAAUAUUCAAUGUACAGACCGUGUGACGAGAUUUACGUGGUUCGUGAAGGAGAGACAUUGCAUACUAUAAGUGAAAAGUGUGGGGAUCCUUAUAUUGUUGAAGAAAACCCGCAUAUUCAUGAUCCUGAUGAUGUUUUUCCAGGACUUGUUAUUAAGAUAACACCGUUUAAGAAAAAGUGA